GGUAUGGAAAGAAGUAGUCGAACUAUAACUCGAAGUGAACACAUGGAUAAACACUCCUACAUGACAAAGCAGACAGGGAGUGAGCGCGCGACUGGAAAAUAGAAACAGCCGAACGUUUUUGGGAGAACAUAGAACUAUUUGGGCUAUAUCUUUUGCAUGCAACGUUGAUGCUGAGUUGCUGUAAACAAUUUCAGUCAACGUUGGUUCAUGUUUAGUUGCUGAAACAUCUACGUUUUUUUUUCCCGCAAAGUGAACUUUGAGAGUAUUUUUCCUGCUGCGAACACAAAUAUAUGUAUUUAUCGAUAGAGCAUCAUUGCAGAAGCUUGAUAGCGUUGAAGUGAGAGCACCAGCGGAUGUGAGGAGAGAGUGUUUUGAGAGAAUCAACCCCUUUUUCUUUCAAGCCUUCUGUUUCUUUUUGUUUGGUAAAACAGUAGAGAGAGCGAGAGAGAGAGAGAAAUAGGGAGAGAGAGAGAGAGAGAGAGAUAGAUAUAUAGAUAUAUAGAGAGAGAGAGUCACAGGCAUUGGCGCUGCUUUCAUGCCGUCAGUCUUGCGGACCCUGAGAUGGACGUGAGAUUUUAUCCAGCACCCCCUUCAAGCGUGGGCUCAUGUACAUUACCAACUGAUUCAAGUUGCCUGACCUCUUUGGACUAUUAUCACUGCAACAAGGUCUGCCGGGUAGGCGGAGUUCUACCUUCAAACAUGAAAUGGUUUUCUGCCAAACAGUGCUAAACAAGAAAGAAGCCAAUUCAACAGGUAAAGAGAGCAGAUACGGUGUAUCAGGCGACCACAGCGUUCGACUCUACAGCUCCCUGCCCAUGCGCCCUAACCCCGACGGGAAGAGACUGCCCUCUGCUGGGUUUGAUGGUGACAACAUGUACAUGAAUGAAAAUAACCAGGAGUUUCUCUCCCCAAAUCAGAGCUAUUCCGGUCAGGGCGGAGGAGGCAAUGGGAACGGCGCGGGGGACGAGGACUACGAGAUUCCCCCCAUCACCCCUCCCAACCACCCUGAGCCCCCCUUGCUCCACCUGAUGGACCCUGAGUCGGGCUACCUGUGCCACUCCCUAGGGGCCCACCACAAUGGCCUGCUCAACCCCUACUCCUACCCGGAGCUGCCUGCCCUCAUGAUGUCCAAUAUGCUGGCCCAAGAUGGCCACCUGCUCUCCAGCCAAAUGCCCUCGAUCCAGGAGAUGACUCGCCACGACGGCUCACAUUAUGACCUCAGCCUUCACAACCCCCAUCUGAUAAACAGGUCACCUAGGAUACUGUCCCACCACCCCAUGAGCGCAAUGUCCCAACUGAACUCUCAGGUUGGCCGGAGUGCACUUACCCAUGGUUCUCCCUCACCUCCCGGAAGUAAAUCAGCCACACCCUCUCCCUCGAGCUCUACACAGGAAGAGGAGAUCGAUUCCCACCAUAAGAUCACGGGCGAGAAGCGGCCAUCCUCGGAGAUGAUGAAGCCCAAGCCCAAACCGCAGAAGAAGAAGAAGAAAAAGGACCCCAACGAGCCAAACAAGCCUGUGUCAGCCUACGCCCUCUUCUUCAGGGACACCCAGGCGGCCAUUAAGGGCUCCAACCCCAACGCCACCUUCGGGGACGUGUCCAAGAUAGUGGCCUCCAUGUGGGAUAGCCUGGGGGAGGAGGCAAAACAGGGCUACAAGAGGAAAACAGAGGCUGCCAAGAAGGAGUACCUGAAAGCCCUGGCUGCGUACCGAGCCAGUCUGGUUUCCAAGACCUACAAUGACCCGGUGGAGACAAAAGGUGCCCAGACGAGCCAGCCUUCCUCCCACAUGAUGCCCCCCAAUCCGCCCCUGUACAGUGUGCCACCCCAGCCCUCCUCCCCGUACAGUCUGGGGCCGGGGGGAUUCCCCCUGUCGGACCUGCAGAGCUACGCUGGGGCGCCGCGUCAUGCACUUUCCCGGACCCUCAGCCAGUCCCAGAUGCUGCCCAGCAUUAGUGCCUCUCCCCCCUCCUCCUUCCAGAUCAGCCCACCCCUGCACCAACAGCUCUCCCUGCACCAGAGCUCCCUCCUCAACCAGCCAAUCCGCAUGCAGCACGGCCAGUCCCAGCCAAUCAUCUCCCACCAGAUGGGACUCCAGGCCUCCCUUCACUCACCACCUCCUGGACAGCAGGGAUUCUCCCACCUACAGUCUGAGUACCAGAAAAGUGUGGGUUCCCAGUCCCCGGCGGCCCCCAACCCUGGGGGUAGACAAAGCCACGAUUGGGACAGUGAAUACUGCGAUAGGGAGUGCGGUGGCAACCACUGCAGUGGCAGCAUGAUAGCUAGGGACAAGCCACUCUACCUCACUUGAAGCUGGAGGCCGCCGUCAACAAGAAAAGACACCAGGGAGUCAGCCCUCAACACCCCCCCAACCACACACACCACCUCCCCGACCCAUCCCUCGCAACCCACCCACCCCUACCACCACCAAAAACUCAACCUUUUUAUUGUCAAUGUAAUUUUUUUUUUUUUGAAGGAUCUGUGCAAUUCUGACGACUACUAGCGAUCCCUCUCUUUUUUUAAAAACUUUUUACGCAAAGCACUUACAAAUGUCCAGGCAUUUUUCCUUUCGCACCUGAUUCUAGAGCACUCAUCUUUGUCUCAAAGUUUAAAAAAAAAGUGAACUACCAUGAGAAUAGUCCCCCUCGGGGACUAAACUGAGCUUUAAUUGGAAUAAGAAGAGCAAAAAGCCUUCUUCUUCUCCUUCGUCUCCUUUUAAUCAUAUUUAAAUUGAUUUUGUUUCGUUUUCUUGUUGUUGUUUUUAUUUAUUUCUUGCUUGCUACAUUUGCUUUUGUCAAUAACAGUCCCUGUACUGUAGGGAAAAUACUCUUCUGGUAGGUUUCAGCACACAGGCCUUGAUGUUACUGUAGCUUUGCUUUAGGGUCUGUGACUUAUAUUAAUACAAAGAGACGGGACGGGACG